AUGAUAAAUAACGGGUUAGAACAAAUACGUCCUUCACUGAGGCAGCUUCAGAAAAAAAUUGAACAGGAGCGUGAAGCAAACUCGCGUAUGCUGAGGGUUCGGAGCGAUUUGGAGCAAGUGAACCGGGCGCUGGAUAAAGAGACAUUCUUGAGAAUCAGGCUAGAGCGGCAGCUGAGGGAAAAGGAAACUAACUUAGCUGACGAACAACAAGCGAUACUUAGACUUGAGGACGAACUACGUGAAGCAAGGGAGACCUGCGCUGAGUUAGAAAGAAGGUUAGAAAACGAACGUCUGUUAAGGGAGACAACUCGACAAGAUGGUCAAACAAAAGAGGAUACAAUUAGAGAGCAAUCGCAACUUUUACAGCAAGAACGCGAGCUCAAGUCAGGUUUAGAGGAGAGGGUAAGAGAUUUGCAAAUUCAAAUUGAAGUGGAAAGAAACAGAAGAAUCGCAACUGAACGAGAAGUGAGUGAGGAAAGAAUUAAUUUUCAGCAGGAUCGAGAAAAACUGGAAAGAGAGCGAGAAAUUUACCAGCAAAGUAUUCGCGACAGUGAACGAGCAGUGUCGGAAAGCGAGCACCGACGACGGGAGUUGCAGGAAACCUUAGGUGACGAACAGCAAGCAAGACUUAGACUUGAGGAGGAACUUCGUCAAGCAAGAGACACUCUUUCUGAGUUAGAAGAAAGGUUGGAAAACGAACUUUCGUUCAGGGAGACAAGUCGACGAAAUCUUCGAACUAUGGGGGAUACAAUUAGAAGGCAGAAUCACCUUUUACAGCAGGAACGCGAGCUCAAGUCAGGUUUAGAGGAGAGGGUAAGAGAUAUGCAAAUUCAAAUUGAAGCGGAAAGAAACAGAAGAAUCGCAACUGAACGAGAAGUGAGAGAGGAAAGAAUUAAUUUACAGCACGAUCGAGAAAAUCUGGAAAGAGAGCGAGAAAUUUGCCAGCAAAGAAUCCGCGACAGUGAACGAACAGUGUCGGAAAGCCAGCACCGACUACGGGAGUUGCAGUCAGCGGUCGCUGCAGCCCAGGAGGCCUUGGCCGAGUAUAGGCGUCUUGAACCACGUGACUGGAUCAUCAGACGUGAUGAGGUUAUGCUGAGUGAAAAGAAUUUGGGAGUUGGAGCCUGGGGCAACGUGUACGAAGGAACGUUUCGUGGUUGCCAGGUAGCUGUUAAGCAGAUUCACGAUCUGAUUCUUUCUCCUCAUAACCGCAGAUUGUUCGAACGAGAAAUGAGUAUUGCUUCGCGCUGUCGGCAUCCUUAUUUACUACAGUUUAUUGGCGCUACCAAUAACGAUGACAGCCCGUUAUUCAUAACUGAGCUGCUCGACACUGAUUUACGAGACGUUUUAAGGCAGCGCUCGUUACUCCACGAAGAAGUGGUUUGUAUCGCUUUAGAUAUCGCCAAAGGACUCAAUUAUCUUCAUCUCAAAAAGCCAUCGCCUAUCAUUCAUCGCGACAUCAGUAGUUCGAACGUGUUACUAUGGAGACGAGAUAAUUGCUGGAGAGCUAAGUUGUCAGAUUACGGGGCAGCAAAUUUCAUGCGCCAGCACAUGACGUCUAAUCCGGGAGCCAGUAUAUAUGCCGCACCUGAGUCCCAGACUUCUCAGCAGUCACCCAAGGUGAGCAGAAACUCCGACUACACCUUUCAGUUGCCCUUCAUUACCACGAAAUAUAUUUUUAUUAACAUUAAGCUAUUAUUCACUUUAAUUAAUGUAAAAACAGUUUAAGCAAGGAAGUAAACAUUUAAGUUUGUGUCAUAGUCACUUGAGAUUUUUGCAUCAAGAAGAACAAUCAUUAAGGCCAAUUUCUACAGCGUUUUAUCGAGAACAUUCUUUAGUGCGAAUGAAGUUUCCUUGGGUGAAUGUUCGUUUAUGGGAAUAGAAUAUCAGUAACAAUCAUUAUUUUUAUGAGCAUUAUCUUGCCAAUAUUGCAUUGAAUUUGGAGGUACGUUUGAAUUCGUGCGAAUUUUACAAAAUACCUAUAAAAACCCAUAUUGUAUAGUACUUUGCAAUCAUUUUGUUAAGCUUGUACCGUGUACAUGUAUGUAAUUUGCUGCGGCUGUGCUUGCACAAACAAACGCGGUAUGCGUACAAUGCUCAGUCAAUUCAUGUACAAAAUCAGCGAGCAGCAGGAUAAAUAAAAAAUAACAAGAAGAACUUGAUGGAUAAAUAACAACACAUGUUUACUGUUAAUGAAUUUCUUUUCUUGUUAAAGACCAUUAAAAUGACGCAAAUGUUUUAUCCUUCUUCUAAGGGAUUGUUAUUUUCACCGAGUGGAAACUAUAUUGGCAUUAAUGAAUGUUCUUACAUAUGUGAAAUGCUUUAUUGAUCACACAAAUAAUUAAAACGAUUGUUUCUUUUUCUGCAAUGAUUACUCAUUUAUUAUUAAUAUUGACUGAUAUUUUGACGCUAAUGAAUCUCUAUUUCCUGGUAAUGAAGGGCGUAAGGUGUAUGUUGCAGUUAAUUUUUAUUUUUUUCAUUGUUUUUGGGUAUGGCGAUGUAUCCUAAAGAAUUUAAAACAAAGAAAAUACAAAAAUUAACUGAAAUAAAAAAUUAACUGCAACAUGUACACGUCACAUGAUCUUCUGUUUAACAAUAAACAAACCAUAGUAACGCUAGAGUCAUUUGUAGGGUACCUAAUUAAUCAGAGAACUCUAGGUUUUUUUAAAUGUAAUCAGGCUUGUCUCUAGGGAAAAGUGCUACCCUUAAGGAAACUGCAACCAUUUUUGAAAAAAAAAACAUUUUGCCAUGCAAUGUUGUACUUUGUUUACGGUAUAUGUAACAGGACCUUUCCACGGUUUUUUUUUUAACUUUUGACUGGGAUUAGUAGUCGAAAAUCCCGGCGCAGCAACACGGCUAAAAAGAAUGCCUUAAAAUUUAUUUAGUAAAGAUGCCAAUUUUAAACGUGAUUUGUUGAAAACUAACGAAGAUUUAGCUCCGAAAAGUCGCCAAAUUUUACAGCCGUCUGUGUGGUGGGAGGCAAGUUCCUGACCAAACCAUACAAACGUCAAUAAACUUCAACGACUCUCUGGAACAACAUCUUUGCUCGUUUUUAACACAUCACCUUUAAACUUGGUAAGCAUCCUAAUUUUAGGACCCUCUUUUCAGCAGUGUCAAUGAAUAUUUGCUAACUAGUCCGCUUUAUCAAAACUUGAAAAAACCGUGGAAGGGUCUUUUGUUUCCGAACAGCGCGUGCUUUCAUUGGUUACAUCGAGGUCACGUGGCAUCUAACAAUCAAACCGCUUGCCGCCAAAUUCUCUGAGCGGGCAACAGGGCAAAAAUCUAUGACGACAGAGUGAUAGUGCAAUGUUACGUCGUUUGUAGGGAAGGAAAGCAUGGCGAGGACCCAAGUACGUCUGCAAGGGAGGCGUAUUACGAGAUUACUUUAGACUAUUGCACAGCAAGCUCCUGUCUGUGAAUAGGGUUGCUUUAGAGAAACAUUCCUACUAUACAUACUUCAUGCUACGUGUAUUAGGAUUUAAUGGAUUGUUACUUUGUUUCGAGUUUUGUUGUUAAUUAUUUUCUCAACCUUUCGAUGGUUGUUUUCUUUCUUGCCGGCAGGUGGAUGUGUACAGUUUUGGCGUACUGCUCUGCGAAAUGUGUACAAGAGAACUUCCGGUUCCGCAGCAGAUCCAAGAUCAGAUAGGCCUCGUAACUAAUGGUGUGCUGAGAGAGCUCAUUAUGCAAUGCGUCGCGAGAGCCCCAGAGGCGCGUCCAACUAUGAGUGACGUCAUAUCCAUGCUGACUCAACAAGAAGAGUCUUUGUGGGCUGAGGGUCUGAUAACAAUAAAUGGACGAAAAGCUAGGGCAUAA